UGGAUAGAAACGGCGCCUGCUGCAGUGUGUAUGUGGAGUGUGGAGGUACCUCAGAGCAACGCUACGUAUCACCAACGCAACCACCUACCACUUCUGCAUUGCAGAAUUUCGACUCCGUCCAUUUUUAUUUCACAUAUAUAAACCAGAACAAUAGAUUGCUAACAUAAUCGGAUUUACUGCCUUUCUUUUCCCUCCCCCUCUCUCUCGUUAAAAUAAGCGAACAGAUAUGGGUCUGCUGCCGUUUUACUGAUGAGUUUUUACACUAUGAGGAUUUGCAGGAUGGUUCGUAUGGCGAGUGUGUUGGGUUUGGUGAUGUUAAGCGUCGCUCUGCUAAUUCUAUCACUGAUCAGCUAUGUCUCACUAAAAAAGGACAACCUCUUCGCCACGCCGAGAUAUCUGGGCUCGGCAGGUCCUAGAAUGUACAUGUUGCACAGUGGAUUUCGGUCACAGUUCGCAUUGAAGUUUCUGGAUCCCGCAUUUUUGCCAGUUGCAAGUGGGCGGGGCAACAAUAUCCAAAACAAACUUGCAAAGUGGACCUUCAACGUAACUUCCUUUUUACAGCAGAGGAGAGACAUCAGUCGCUAUGUCGACGUUUUUAAAAAUUUCACCUUGAUUAAGAAGAACGUGCGAGUUGGACAGUUACUGCACUAUGACUAUUCCAAUCACAAAUAUGUUUUCUCUGUAAGCAAUAGCUUCCGGUCAUUACUUCCCGAGGUCCCCCCUAUAUUAAAGAUGCACUACAAUACUUGUGCAGUUGUUGGGAACAGUGGGAUUCUAACGGGAAGUAGUUGUGGAGCUGACAUUGAUAAAUCCGAUUUCGUGUUCCGUUGCAACUUCGCACCAACUGAAACUUUUGAAAACGACGUUGGAAGAAAAACAAAUCUCACCACCUUCAACCCAAGCAUCCUUGAGAAGUACUACAAUAACCUACUAACAAUUCAAGAUCGGAAUAAAUUUUUCCUAAAUCUUAAAAAGCUGGAUGGAGCCAUUCUUUGGAUUCCUGCUUUCUUCUUUCACACUUCUGCUCCUGUAACAAGAACUUUGGUAGAUUUCUUUGUAGAACACAGAGCACAGCUGAAGGUCCAGUUGGCCUGGCCUGGGAACAUAAUGCAACAUAUCAAUAAAUACUGGAAGACGAAACAUCUGUCUCCGAAGCGCCUGAGCACGGGCAUCCUGAUGUAUACACUGGCGUCCGCCAUUUGCGAGGAGAUUCAUUUGUACGGGUUUUGGCCCUUCGCUUGGGAUCCCAACACGGGGAAAGAACUGCCAUAUCACUACUAUGACAAAAAGGGGACAAAGUUCACCACCAAGUGGCAGGAGUCCCACCAACUUCCAGCGGAAUUCAAGCUGCUGUUCAAGCUGCACACGGAGGGCUUGACGAAACUGACCCUUUCACAUUGUGCCUCUUAAUGCGAUGCUUUUUGAAGUAUGUUUUCCCCAUUAUUGUUCAAUUUGUGUUUCAAAUGCAUUAUGUACCCAAUGCGUAGGUUCUCUCUUGGCGACGCUACAUGGAGCACAUCCAAAACUGUGGCCCUGACCUGUUCAUGGAAUUUUGUGCACUGGUAUUUUCUAUUUCAAAGUAGUCAUAAGCGCUUAGACGUGAAUUUUGAGGCUGGCCUUUACAUACACAAAUGAUUGUAUUGAAUUAUAAGGAUCUGUUUAUACGUGAUUAUUUACUGACGGGAGGAGCUGCGUUACACUGAACAACCGACGGAACACAUGAACUAGAAGUGUGGACGGCCGUGUCACUCCAUUGACGCGGUGUAGGCUUAAUGAUUAUUUAGGUCUGCUUUCUUAGCUGCAAAACUAAAACAAAUCAAGAAUAGACAACAACUAUCGGCGUUGCCGACAAAGUCCAUGUCCGUGAAUGAAUUUAGAAAAAAAAAGCCAACACUAAAACUAUCCUAAUUGUCUUAAAUAAUGGUGGUAAAUAUUACCAUGAUAUAAUAAAUCCGAGUGAUUUCGCUCGAUCUGACCAAUCAUCUGUCAGGCAGGGUAUAAUAAAAGCCACAAUCUGCACGUUUGAUACUGUCUGCACAAUUAACUUAAUUGUAAUCCUCGGAGUGUUUUUUUUUUGAUAUUUCAAAAGUUUCUAGACCAAUUUCUUGCGUUUUAACUUCUAUUCCGGGCGCUCCGGCUGAAAAGCCUGUAAAAAUGAAACGCUCUCCGUUUUACGUAAUAUUACUGGAGACGACCCGUUCAAACAAAAGAUCACGCCAUCAUUUUAAUAGCAAAAUAUCAAGAGGGAAGCGAUCGUGAAUAUUACAAUGUCAGAGGAUUGCAAAAUAAUUAUUUAUUUCAUCAUGUCCGUAAAUAAAAUGUAAUAUCAUUCAACUCCUAUUUAUAUUGAGUAUCGUUGUCAAAGUGGACAUCUUCGUCUUUUGUACGUCCGUUUCGCAUUUUUUAAUCAUCAAAUGGAUAGUAAAUGUACUACUUUUGUACCGGUAUUUUAAGAAAAGCGUUACGUAUUUCUUUCGCCGCUUCAAAAGAGUUCGGGUUAGGGUUAGGCUUCAAAUAAGUUCUGAAGUUGCAAUGAAUACUUUGGCCGGUUUGCCAACUCAGUGUUGCUGUAUUCCUCUGCCGCCGUGUUAACGCAGAAUUUUCAAAAAGGACUCUACGCUCUGUUCUAUUGGGAAAUUAAAUAAUUUUGUUGAUUUAAGUGUCAAUAUACUUUCUCAUGCUUGCCAAUGUUCACCUAUAUUAAAUUAAUUGUUCAGUUAUAUGAGAAACUGGCUUGAGAGUUUGAUGUCCAAUGUAUAAAUAUUUUAAAACAAUGUUUCGCAAUCUAUUAAGAAAGCUCCGCUUUAAAAAUUACUUAUUUUUAUUUUGUUGGAGAUACUGCGCUGAACAGGCCUUCCCGGCCCAACCAGCCUCACUGCCGAACAACCCACCUAACAAUCCUAUACCGAUCACAAGGCAAUUUGCAAUUACCAAUUAACCCGCAUUUCUGUAAAAU